AGAAAUAACGUCAUUUCCCUGUAAUGCACCGGGCGCAUAUAUCUAAACCUGAAUCGGAAAGUUAUAACGUAGCCUUUAUUUAGCCUAUAGGACCUACACAACUGUAGAACUUUAUCUGUGAUUAAGGGAUAGUAAAUAGGUCUUUGGCCUGUCUUUUAUACUAAGAAUUGUAUGACGAUAUAUUGUAAUUGACCCUCAGAAAAUUAAAUAACAAUCGGCCUGUAUUUAUGUUUGCUAGUUAUCCGAGAAAAAAUAAAUCGUUUGUACAUGUUUUUGUGUACACAUUAUGAUCGAGGGGAGAUAACUCGUAUUGGCAGUAGCGGUGUAGGCCUAUUGAGUUUUCAUUUCAUAUUUAAAAUUUAAUAAAACACGUCUUAGAUGUUUUUGUCUUCUUUCGUGUCUUGAUUUAAUUUCUUCAUGUGUUGUUUGUGUGAAAGAUAUAUUUAUAUCAUGUAUGUAUACCAUAUAAAAUGUUCAAACAUAAAAUUAUAUACAUUAUUAUUUAUGAGACCAUAUUCUAUUUGGUUAGAAGUCUUAUUAUUAGGAUGGAGUAUAAUGUUGUAGCACAGGGGCAUGUCUAGUCUUAUAUAAAAAAUUAGUCAGAAAUAUCUAUAAAGACUAGAUUCUAUGUCUCCUUUAUAUUUGUUUAAGACAUAAUAUUAUGAUGUUGAAAGAAUUGUAAUGAGAUUUCAAUAAGAAUAUUAUUUAACAGUUUUUUAAUGGAAUCACUACAAUUGUAGUCUUAAUACACUUUAAGAUCUCGAUCCAGAGUACACAAACAUAUAUUUGAUUUCCUGCAGACAGAAUGUCAUGAGAUUUUUUUUUACCAAGAUUUCGUAAUAAUUUUUUUUUUUUUCAAGUGGAGAGACUACAAUAGAAAUGUAUGGUACAUUUUAUGACUAUUAAAGACAUUUGGCAAGAUGGCUACAAAGGAUACCACAGACACUGACCCAGACUGUCUGAUAAAAGUUGACAAAUAUACUAUUUUUCCAAGCAAGGCUUGGGAACAUAUACAAGUCAAGUCAAAAUAUGAAUAUAUAAAGCCUGAUGAACGCCUAGACCCAAGUACUCCAGUGAAACCUGACUCUGUGCGAGUUGUUUGUAUAUCAGAUACUCAUUCUAAAGUAGAAAUGAAGGAUCCUGAAAUGAUUCCGCAUGGCGACAUUUUACUACAUGCUGGGGACUUCACCAUGAAGGGAGAACCAAAUGCUGUUAAUACAUUCAACAAAUUUUUAGGUCAAUUACCUCAUAAACAUAAAAUAGUGAUUGCUGGGAACCAUGACAUUUCAUUUGAUGACUUCAUUAUGAGCAAAACUUCCUUAGACCCUAUGUUGGGGUCCAUGCAAAAAUACAGGGAUCAGAUGAAAAGUUUAGGAGUUAAAUGUGUGAGAGAUUUAAUGACGAAUUGUAUAUACCUAGAAGAUGCUAUGGUCAGUCUGUAUGGGAUCAAUAUCUAUGGGUCACCAUGGCAGCCGACAUAUGCCUCUGGGCGAUGGGGUUUUAAUCUUUGUAGAGGAGAACCACUCCUGCAGAAAUGGAAGCAUAUUCCAACCAACACAGACAUACUGAUAACACAUGGCCCUCCUGUGGGUUAUGGAGAUGAAGCAAAGGGAGGUAAUCAUGUUGGGUGUGUCGAGCUUCUAAAUGUUGUACAGAAGUUAGUGAAACCAAAAUACCAUGUGUUUGGACACAUUCAUGAAGGUUAUGGAAUGUCAACAGAUGGAUGCACAACAUUUAUCAAUGCUGCCACAUGUACAACGAGAUACAGACCCGUUAACCCUGCUAUUGUCUUUGACUUCCCUCUCCCUAAUGGCCAUACGAAAGAUGAGGACCCCAUAAUGCACCCAAAAGUGCCAAUGGAUCUUACAUCGGCGGGUAGAUACAAGGAUAUGUCUGCUGUCGGGUCGAGACUAAAACUUGAUUAGGACAGAGAAAUAACGCUCUCUGAGUCCUAUUUGUCAGAUCUUAUAAGUGUCGAUCUUGAUAAUCAAAAGUCUGCCAUCCUUUCUGCCAUAACAUAUUUUUUGACGCUACAGAAUAAAGACUCAUAAUUGUCAUCCCUCCAUUCUGUAGAAUGUGAAAAUUUAAUUAUUUUUUUCUUUCAUUUUCAUGGAUUCAAAUUAUUGAAAAUAUUUAUUUAGUUUUGAAGAACUUUUGAAAUUACUAACGACCUUAUAAGUACGUACCAAUCGACACUGACACAGUUACAUCCUCUCUUACCAAGGGC